UUUCCCAAAACGUUGUAGAAGCCAAGGCAACCCAGUUUAAAGACAGUAUAAACAAAUAAAUUGUUACUUCGUUACUACGAACUUCAUCAACGGCGUCUUUGUCAUCUCGAAACAAAAACGCCAUGAACAGCCACUUAAGCAAUCAUGAUAUGAAAGACACAUUCUCCAGGAGCAGCAUGUCAUGUCUGAUGCGGGCGAACCUCAGGACCUUUACGGGGUGGGAUACGGGUACAGAGGAGGGAAAAGACGACCCCUGCUGGCGGACCACGCAACAGUUCCAUUUACUCGUUGAAAAGACGAUGUCGAAUCGUUUUGAGAAGGAAAUAUCUUCAGCAGUGAAAGAUGAGGUUCUGAAAGUUAUGCCAAGUUUGACAAUGGACAACCAAGAUCCACUUCCCCGGCCUGAAAUAGCUGCCCAUGUCACUGGCAGCUCCUUGGCCAAAGCGAGUGGAGUUCAGAGACCGCCCACCAGGAAAACCUUGGGCCAAAAGAUCGAGUCUUGGGAGUCCGAGAAGGGCCUGGCCUUCCUUCGCAACAUGAAAAUAAGCAAUGGCGAUCUGAUGAUUCCUCAGGCUGGCCUUUACUACGUGUACUCCCAGACCUACUUCAGAAACUCCCUCUCCCUUGAGGAGGAGGGCGAGCCUACGGCCAGGAACCAGCAGAUGUUGCAGUACGUCUACAAGAAGGUGGUGUCCUACCCUGACCCCAUCCUGCUGAUGAAGAACGCCCGCACCACGUGCUGGUCCCGAAAUGCCGAGUACGGCCUCUACUCCAUCUACCAGGCCAGCGUGGUCCAGCUGAGCGCCGGGGACCGCGUCUUCGUCACAGUCAGCAACGCCAGCGCCAUUGAGAUGGACGAGAGGUCGAGCUUCUUUGGUGCUUUUUUGGUCAGCUAGUGGCAGCACUAGAAGCUUGUUUCCUUCAAACUGGACGCGCCCCUGGAGGGUGCAGGUCAACCGACGGGGGUCGCCGGUCUGUCGACCAAUAAGCGCCUUAUUUAUUGGUGCGCCGUGUCUCCCUGGCUAUGCUUUUGAGGGGAGAUGUGAAGAAUGAGGGGCCAGUUUACCUCCGUUUGCUCAGGAUCAGUGGGAGGGGCUUGCUUCCUCGGGUCCUUGAGGGUAAACUACUGCCCAGUGAGAGAUCAGGUGAUGUGACUCCACAGCCAGUGGGGGGCGAUAGUCCAGGACUGGACCAGGUGAAGGAGAUGGUCCGUUCUUGCUGGAGUCAGUGACAGAGCUAUAAGACCACUGAUGUACAUAUUUAACUGGACUGACAAUAGCAAAAUUGUAGCAAGCUGACUAGCUACUAGUCUUGAGUCCGAGGUUACAAAAAUCCCUGCAAUUUUUGUUCACAAUUUUAUAAUCCUACCAUAAUACAUUAACCAACAAUGUGCCCAGUAGUCAAGGGGCUGAAAAGCCCACUGUUCAGUCGAGCAAUAUCUGUAACAUUUACUCACAGAAAAUCCACUGGACAUGAUCCCUGCCUUCAUGUUGUACAGUCGACCAAUCAGAGACUACAGCGCUGACUCAUCAGUGGCUGUAAUGAACAUGCUUAACAUUUUUAUUGUCUUUUUCUAAAAACAGAAAAAUUCAAGGAAUAGGUUCUUGCUCCCAUAAUCCUUGACAUUAUAAUUUCACACCUACAUUUGUCAUAAAAGCUUGUAGUUUUUCAAUGUUAGGCAAUGGACAAGACCACUUUUUGGGCCCAAGACACUGUGUUGCCAUGGUGGCCUUCAGGGAAUAGGUCCAAACCAAUGACUGCUAGUCUGGUUAAGUAUGUACGUCAAUGUGCAAGAUGCAGGAAUGGAGAAUAUG